AUGCCUCCUCAUUUUCCGGUGGAGGAUACAUCGUAUGAAACAAAACAAUGGGCUUCUGCAACAAUUGAUUCGCUGUUUUCAGAUAAUGUGCCUGUAUCAUUUGAGCCAUGUCGACCUUCUCUCAGUCUAAUUCAGCCAGAUAUCCCCGCCACUGUAAGAAAGAAGAGCAUUAAGGGGCUUCAAUCGAAGAACCCUGCGCGUAGAUCAGUUUCUGUGCUCGAGUCAAGCUUGUUUCAUCGAAAUGAUAGAGUGAGAGUGCUGCAAUCAGACAGUGCAUCAUUGUGCUAUUCAGACUCUGCGCCAUCACUCUUAAUUACACCUCAGCAGCAGCAGCAGCAGCAGCAGCAGCAGCAGCAGUCUAGGUCAUUGUCUUUUCGAUUCAAGCGACCUUCAACACCGCCCGGAAAGAAGCAAAUGCUAUCUUUGAAAGAAAGAGAAGGGAUCGAUAUAUGGAGAAAUACCCUGCAUCUGUACCUAUCUGAUUCGAAAAUGUCUCCUCAUGGUCAAUCGCCUCAUUUACUCCACUUUAUACUGAACGAACUGAUAACUACCGAGACGACGUAUUUAGAGCAUUUGUCUAUUAUAAAGCAGAUGUUUAUGGAUCCCUUGGUGCUGGCUGCUACAACAUAUCCUCGUCCAUUAGUCAAUAUCAGGGACAUUUCAACCAUUUUCGCCUUCAUCCCCGAACUGAUCCAACUAUCUUCUAUAUUGGUCAAUCGUUUAAACGAAGCCAUUUGUACUACCGAAAAUGGAGAAACACAAGGUUGUUUAGGCAAGGUCUUUUGCGACCUAGAGGAUCAGUUUGACGUCUACAUUAGUUACGCUGCUAAUUUCUCGAGACAGCAGCGAUGCAUUGUCAAGGCUGAUCGAAGCAUUGUUUAUAGACAGUUGGUUCAGGACUCGUUGCGCAAAAAGGAAACACAUCGGAUGGGAUUGUCAGACUAUAUGAUUGCUCCCAUUCAAAGAAUCACUCGGUAUGGUCUUUUGCUCAAAGAUCUCACAAAGCAUUCGGAUCCAAACAGCCCAGAUUUCCCAUUCCUACAGAGAUCCCUCAAAUGUCAUUUAGCAUUAGCUUAUGCAAUGAACGAAAUUCAAUAA